AUGACGGCACUAGUAGAGAUCUUAGAUCGAAAAAUUGCCAGCGAGCUUUCUGAACAUGCCAUCGCCAUUUUUGCUGCCACCAGAAAGGACCUUCUAUUUCUGGUCUUUUCGCCUUUUCAAGACGAAAGUUCAAUGACCGCCGCUGAGUAUAUUGACUUUUUGGAUAUGGCUCUAUCCCAGUACGGUAUGCAUCUCUCGGAUAUGGUCGCUAUUGUCGCUGACAAUAUGGAGACCAACAAAGCCAUUUCUCGGAGGGUUAAUAGGCCUUUCAUUGGUUGUGCAGCUCAUCGCUUUAACCUCGCUGUACAUGAGCGCAUUGCACCUCAUAUGCAGCUCAUAAAAAAACGGCUGCUACCGGAUGUUGCAACGUUUUGA